UCAGUAUGACAACGCCUUCGCCAGCUAAACCUCCAAUGCUGUCUUAACGAAAGAAACUUUUAAGUAGCCCCACAAGUUUCCCAUGCAGAGUGCUGGACGAAGCGCUACUUCUGGCCGCGUCAUGUAAACGUUUAUCAUCCGACGUGACCGGCUGAUACAGCUUGUUCCGGCCUGUACGGGCAACGAUUCGGUGGGGUUAAGAAGCAAAGCAAACGGUACAAUGCCGAUGUCGCCGUCAAACGGAUCCAUAAUGGACUUGGACACGGAGUUGGUGAAAAUUAAAGCACACUACUGUGGGGACAUGUUGAUCACGGACCUGGCUCUCACGGUAACCUUUGUGGAGUUGUGUGAGGAGGUGAGGACGAUGUGCAGUGUUGCCAAGCAGCAGCCCAUCACACUCAAGUGGAUCGAUGAUGAAGGGGACCCUUGUACCAUCUCGUCUCAAAUGGAGCUGGAGGAAGCGUUUCGUAUUUACCAUCGGACCAAGAAGUCUGGACUUCUGCUGCAUGUGUUCCCCAGUAUCCCGGAAAGGCCUGGCAUGGCCUGCCCUGGAGAAGACAAAUCGAUCUAUCGCCGCGGGGCCAGAAGAUGGAGGAAACUCUACCGAGUCAACGGACACCUCUUCCAGGCCAAGCGCUUUAACAGGAAAGCCUACUGUGGCCACUGUAGUGAAAGGAUAUGGGGGCUGGGCAGGCAGGGCUACAAGUGUAUCAACUGCAAACUGCUGGUCCAUAAGCGCUGUCACAGACUCAUCCCUCAGACCUGCCAAAGGCUUAUGGAUCCAGUCAUGCCAUCACAGGAGCCCCCUUCAGAUGCUAAGAGUGAGGAGGUGGACCUUCCACCAGACGACACAGAGGACACAGAUGGAAUACCUUUUUUACCACACAACUGUACAGUGGAUAAAACAGAAGAUGCUGACACAGAGGAUUUCAAAGCAGUUGUGGAUGGCAUUGAUGGCAUUAAGCUGUCCCAGGGACUUGCUCUGGGGCUGGGUGACUUUGACUUGAUUCGAGUGAUCGGGCGUGGCAGCUACGCCAAGGUGCUGCUGGUUCGGCUAAAGAAGAACGAACAGGUGUACGCCAUGAAGGUGGUGAAGAAGGAGCUGGUCCACGAUGAUGAGGAUAUUGAUUGGGUGCAGACAGAGAAGCAUGUGUUUGAGCAGGCGUCCACCAAUCCGUUCUUAGUCGGCCUCCACUCCUGCUUCCAGACAGAAAGUCGGUUAUUUCUGGUGAUUGAGUAUGUGAAUGGCGGGGACUUGAUGUUUCAUAUGCAACGACAAAGGAAGCUCCCGGAAGAACAUGCAAGAUUUUAUGCUGCUGAAAUCUGUAUUGCUCUGAACUUCCUGCAUGAAAAGGGCAUCAUCUAUCGCGAUCUGAAGCUGGACAAUGUUCUCUUGGACCACGAGGGACACAUCAAGCUCACAGACUACGGCAUGUGCAAGGAAGGGAUCAGACCAGGUGACACCACCAGUACUUUCUGUGGAACACCCAACUACAUUGCACCGGAGAUCCUCAGAGGAGAGGAUUACGGCUUCAGUGUGGACUGGUGGGCUCUGGGCGUGCUGAUGUUUGAGAUGAUGGCUGGAAGGUCCCCAUUUGACAUCAUCACCGACAAUCCUGACAUGAACACAGAGGAGUACCUCUUUCAAGUUAUUCUUGAGAAGCCCAUUCGCAUCCCAAGGUCUCUGUCAGUGAAAUCUGCGGGCGUGCUCAAGGGCUUUCUUAACAAGGAUCCUAAGGAGCGGCUGGGAUGCCAGGUCCAGACGGGCUUCACAGAUAUCAAGUCACACACAUUUUUCCGCAGUAUAGACUGGGACCAGCUGGAGAAGAAAGAGGUGACGCCGCCCUUCAAACCUCAAAUCUCUGACGACUACGGCCUCGAAAACUUUGACACGCAGUUUACUAAUGAACCAGUGCAGCUAACACCAGAUGAUGAGGACGUCAUCAAGAGAAUAGACCAGUCCGAAUUUGAAGGAUUUGAAUACAUCAACCCCCUGCUGCUAUCCACAGAAGAGUCUGUAUGAGGGAGACACGAGCUUCCUCCUUCGCCCACCUUUUGUCUGUCCAAGCUGCCGUCUCAGCCAAAAAACACUCGCAACUCGCCAACCCUGAAAGGCGAGCAGGAGGGAGAGUGAAGGACAACAGGGAGGAUGAACUCACCCUCUGAACCUGUCAACAAGGCCAAGCAGACAGGAGAAUGAGAGUUUCCUUCCUGGAUGAUUCAGAUUGUUUUGUUGGGGGUACCAAAGUCGUCUUUCUUGGUAUCUACGAGGAAAACAAAGACACCGAACUACAUGAACAUUCCCUGUCGUUACACUGUCUUCCCCUUUUUCUUCUUUUCUUUCCUUUUUUCUCCUCUGGCCUCAUUCCCUUCUCCCGUCAGAAUGUCCAUCCUCAUGUCAAAGCACGACUGGCUUUGUAAUUUGAACAGAGAGCUGUUGUUGAUUCUGUGCCUGCCGUCAUGAACACAUCUCAACCCGACUCACAUCCCUGGAUGAAUAUGACAGUUCUGCUGAAGAACUUGAAAUUUUAUGUGCACUUUUUUCCUUUUCUUUUUUUUUAUCUUGUAAAGGGGGGGGGGGGGGCUCACAUGAAACAAGAAUGUAAAAUGACAAUAGGAAAAAUAAUAAGUUAUUAUUGUGUAUAAUAUUGUAGGUAGUGAAUCCAAAAUUGAUGAUGCCUUUUUAUUGAUGCAAGUGGCACAUUUUCAUUCGUAAAUCACAAACUUUCCUUUUUAUCUUUAUCUUUUAGGGUUUUCACAAAUAAUGGGGGAGGAAAUGGCAAACUGGGAGACAACUUUUUAUUUAAGAAGUGCCUCAAAGAUCAAAUUAAUGACCUUGUCUCUGAAUGCACUUAUCUCUUAGCCAUCGUGGACUCAGCAGGUGUAGACCAGUUGGGGUCGUGGCCACACUGCCUGGGUUGGUCCACGUCGAUCAAAUUUGGAGGGAAUCAAGGCGGGCGCCUCAUUCCCGACACAUGACUGAAUCUUUAACUUUUUAAUGAAUCAGUAACCAUUUUUAAUUAAUCACGAAUAAGAAUAAGCCAACAUCAGAAAUGACUGAAGCUGGUGGCAGUAAGAGACAAAAUGCACAACGGUAAAGUUUGAUGUAUAGAAAUUUCAUAGUGAAGAUUGAUCCCUGCUUACCAGUUUUUUUUCCUAUGCCAAACUAUCAUUUUAAAUUUGGUCACAGAUGAGUGUUAUCCAGCAGAUAGCAUCCUCACACUCGUGUGUGUGGGAUGGAAGGCAGCAUAAAGGUGUAUAAAGGCCACACUCGCUGCCAAUCACAGUCUGGCAGCUUUAGAAAAACAUGAUAUCAGGGCCUCGGCUGAAGAGCGCUCCACUGGCGGCGGCCUCCACAGUGAGUACAGGCUUGCUGGCCGAGCUCGGAUUCUUCCGCACCAGCUGCCACUGCGUGACCAUCUGCAGCCAGUCGAAAAUGUCAUGUGACCGUUGGGUUGUUCUGCCUUGUGGAAACAUGUCUCCAUGUCUAUUUUGGGCUCAUUGUGUGUUUCCAUCCCCGCACUAAGGCUGGCUUUACAUGGUGCAACUUGGAUGCAACCGCAGCUGAGUGCCACUUGAGAUUGUUCCUUUAGUCAGAAUAGAUGAAAUGACAAAAAUAAUCUGUUUCCAUUAAAAAUCAUGCUAAUUCUUCAGAUAUGCUCCUUUAGCCUCCAGGCCUUGCAGUGGGCGAGCCACUGCUCUUGUUCCAUGGACAGCUGAACUGGGUGAAGUGAACAGGCAAAUGACACACAGCUUUUAGAAUCAACCAUAUAAAACUUUUCAUAUUAUUUUUACUUUUAGUUACAGGGAGAUGUAAAAUACACAGGACAUUUGAUUUCAGUUGGAUUUUAAAUUAUUAUUUUUCACUCAGGCAUCCAAGUGUCACAUCAGUCAUGUUUUCACUAUUUUUUGCACAUGUAGAGUAAAACGAUGCUUCUUUACUUAUUUUUAUUCUACUACCUGAAACAUUGGUUCAUCAAGAGGUUAUGUUUUCAUCUGUGUUUGUGUCUGUGAGCAGAAUUACACAAAAACAUACCAAACUGAUUUCCAUGACAUUUUGAGUCGGGGUGGGGCAUGCCCCGAGGAAGAACCCAAUACAUUUUUGAGCAGAUCAGGAUUAACAGGUGGACCCCCCCCCCCCCCUUUUUUUUUCUUUAACAGUGGGAGAGGAGCAUCUUCCUUUUUUCUUCACUUCAAAUUGAAGUAGGUGUUCCACGUAGUGCACCGACACGAUCACAGACAGUAACUUUGUUUCUCGUGGUGAGCAUUUGUCACUUUUAGACAUUUUAAAGACUUCAUAACUUUAGCUUAUUUUAAUAACUGGUAGAUUAUUGAUGAUGAACACUAUUACAAUCCUACUUCAGUCACCCUCAUGUUUCAUAUCGUAUGGGUCACAUUCGACUGGAUAUUCAUUCAGCUCAGAGGGUUAAAGCAACAGUACGUGAGUGUUUUCUAAUAUUUGAGUUUAAACAUAUGUUACUGUGCAGUCAGAUGCUUCUGUGACAGACUCAUUGAACUACCAGGCAGAGCAGAGAUUUUCCUCGACUUUUUGGGGGGGUAACCUGCUAACCAAUCAGUGAAGGACAAAGUCAGGGCUGGGAUCUCAGAGCUGUCAAUCAAUAUGCGGACAUUCUACUUCUCUCCAGCAUCCCUACAGUAGAUGAACAUUAGUGAUUGUACGAUAAUGUUUCCCUCUGUACGAUCAGUAGCGUUGCCGCGUGACAUUAAAUCAGAACCUGUUCAUGUCUGCACAGAGCUGCCGUGCACAGUUGCAAAACUCAAACUUAAUUGCAUUUUCAUUAGCAUUGAUUGAACAAUGUGACUUAAUACUGAGCCUUGAUCAAUAAUGGGGUUUACUACUUGUCACGUGCAACUGAGUGAAGUCAGCCUGACACGCAGUGACCAGCUCUGCAGCAUCAGAGGUUUGGAGGUUUAGCAUGUACAGAAACAAUAAGAAGCCAUGAGUUUGUUUGUAUCCAGGGAAGUUUUAGGCUGGUUCUAGUUCAGACAAGCUCAACCUUAUAUAUACUGCCACAUUUAUACACUGCAAGCAGCAGUUUGAACCAGGAGCCUCGGGCUGCAAAAAUCUAACACAUGCACAACAAAACUGUGAAUAUCAACCAUGAGCACGGAUUAAAGAGGAAAAACCUACUCCUCACCUCUCAGUCAAUGCUUCGUGUAGAUCACGUGUCUUUUGCUCUCUGCUGGCUGGAAAGUGUUUGAUGAAAUCUCACCCGUGCUAAUUUGAUAACAACAUAAUAGGAUUAAUUAGAUGAUCCUGAGUCAAAGGGUCUCAAUUAGCUGCAGGGCUGUUAUGGGUAGAGAGAGGAGAGAUAACGAAGCAGUUCCACACUCACUGAUAAGUCAACCACAAUGAACACACACACACACACACACAGCUGGAAAUCACUGUAACACUAAAGGAAGCUUUUUCCUCCAUGCCCCUGAACUCCACCUCCUUCGAAGCAUUUUCUAAAAAUCAUAUUUUCACACAAACAGAUGAAACAUUUCAUCUGUUUGUCAUUCUAUAUUCUUUUUCUCAAGGGACCGAUGGGUGAACUGGGAGUCCUCGAAAUCACUUCACAGAACAGUGAAGGACAUUUUAAAAACAUAUGAAACAAACACAGUCCUUAUCUGAAAAUGAAUGAACUGAGUCCAUGUUGUAACGUACUGCUGGUGGGAUACGCUUAAUUUUGCUUCACCGCAUCUUUGUAAAUGUGUAAUUAUUAAAAAUGAUACUGGUUUUCCGUGAA